UCAAAAAACAUACCACACACAAAAACAAAAAAAUAACUUGUUCCUGAGUUUUAUAAGUCCCUAUACUCACCCAUUUCACUGACUCUGGAAACCCCCCCCAGAAAGAUCAAUUGCCAAAUUCUAGGGUUUACUCUCUGGCCCUCGAACCUCCUCAAAGCUACGUCGUUUUCAAAUUUCUCUCCCACAUCUUUUCCGGAUAUUGUGCUAGCGGUUGUGUCGAUGAUCUGACUUGUGCAAAAGUUGGGAUUUGUCUCACAGUCUUAAGUGAUUGAAGUGUUUGUCAUAUUUUUAGUUAAGUUGUAACGUAUGAGAUGUAUGGUCAAGGGAAUUAUGGUCCUCAGUUUGGGCAUCGUCCUAAUGCACCGAUGCCACCUGCAUACCCACAUCGUCCUCUGGCUCCACCUCCUCCUCCCCCUCAUUUCCAGCAAGGGUCAUCAGCCCCACUACCUCUUUUGAAUCAACAAGCUCCUCAUGCUGUCCCACCACCUCAUGUAGGUCACCCAGGCCCUCAUAUAUAUCAUCAGCAUGGUCCUCCUGCCCCAGCCCCCACAAUUAACCAAGGUCCACCCAUUCGAGUUCCAUCUGGUGGGAUGCCGAACACAGGUCAAUCUUAUUUACAAAUUCAUGGAAGCGCCCCCUUGCCUCAUAUGUACUCAAAUAUUCAACAGAAUUCCCAACAUCCCUCACAUUUAGGGACGCAGAAUGUGCAUCACAUUCCACCACCAGUACCUCCUCCCCCUCUUGGGCCUCCUCCCUCAGAAAUGUUACAGGUCCCACCUCCUCCUAGAGCAUUACCUCCUCCUCCACAAGAACAAACAUUGUAUAGAGCUCCAGCUCAUCCACGACCACAGCAGCCUGGUGCUAUGCAGAGUCUUCAGCAUCUCCCACCUCCCCCUCCACCUCCAACUCAUAGUUUCUCUAGUCCUGCUCAAGUAGGAAGUUUUGUACGUUCUACUGUUGGAGAGUCUCAAUCACCUUUCUUGGUUCCCCCGCCACCGCCAUCUUCUCCACCACCUAUUCCUCCUUCUCCACCACUGCCUACCUCUUCGUUGACUUCAUCUUCUACUCCCAGACCAGUUAGACAUAUUGCACCUGACCAUGUUGGCAAUCUAAAUCAGGAAAGUGGAAGUGGCUCUAAGGUGGGUCCUCUAGCGAGGGAUGGUACAUCAGAUCUUCCUCCACCUCCGCCUCCGCGUAAGCCAACGGAAGAAAAAGUUGUUCAGAAGAUUGAAGGUUUAUGCUGGCUUAUUGCUAAGAAUGGUCAUGAUAUUGAAGAUAUGACUUACCAAAGUGAAGAUAAGAAUCCAGAGUUUACUUUCUUGUAUGGUGGUGAGCCAGGAAGUGAAGCUGCAAUUGCUCAUGAAUAUUUCCUGUGGAUGAAGAAGAAAUGCAUCUUGGAAUACAAAAUGCAUGAAGGGAAAAGUGUUUCAACAUUGACGCCUUUAAAAAAUGAGUAUUCAGCACAAUCCAAUCAUCUGAUGGUUGGAGCUAGAUGUAAUUCACCUUCUGAUUCAGACAUGGAGAUGGAGGAUGAUUUUACCCAGUCUGAUGAAGAUCAGGGAGUCAAUCACUCAAUUGAAAGACUAAACAAUGGGUGUGAUAUAGUCCACAAGAAGCUUGAUGGGAAAGAGCAGUUACAUGUGCUGGAUAGUUUAGCAGAAGGUAGCCCAUUGAAGGAUGUUUUAUCUGAAAAAGUGACUAGCUCUGGGUUCGCAGAGCUAGGUGAAAAAGGGCUGCAUCAUGAACACUCAACAUUUGGAAGGUCAACUUCUGCAGUUCAUAGCCCAGUCAUGAUUUCUGCUGGAGCUUCAGAACGCCCUGUUGCCCGCAAUUCAGCGAAAUCUAGUAGUCCUCUAUCUGAUGAAUUAGGUCCAUCCAGGAUUUCUGUAGCAGCUGAAGCCAUCAAUUCUGAUUUGUGUUCUGGUGAAUUAACCCAAGGUGGCAGCCCAUUCAGACUUCUACAACACCACUAUGCUUCUGAUGACAGUUCAGGAAAUGAGGAUGAGCCCCACCGUGAAGAUGUUAGUCCUUUAAAGUUUUCACCAUCAGUUACAGCUGGUGCUACAAAUUCCCAUGGCAAUACUGGUUGUAAUCUGGAGACAGAUAUAGAAUCCAAGGGUUCCUGCAGGACUGGAAAGGGGUUCGAAUGGCUCUCAGAAUCCAGGAUGCCCUACAAGGCUCAAGAAAUUCCCCCAGAUGCACAAAAAGAGGUUAAGGAUACUGGUACAGUGUCUACCUCAAGUGGGACAACUGAUGAACAUGUUGAUUAUAACCAUGAAAAUCAAGUGCCGUUUAGUCACUCUGCUUCUCGUGAGGCUGUUUGGGAUAAAGAUGACAUGGAUAGUGCUGGUGUUGAUGUUUCUAAGGGUUCUAUGUCUCAAAAUAAAAAUAAUGUGAAAAAGGAAAAACUUGAAUCAACUCCUUCAAAAGUAGAUGAAUUUGGGAGAUUAGUCAGGGAAGAUGCUACUGACAGUGACAGUGAUGAUUCUCACUACACUCGGAGGCGUAACAAGAGAGGUAGAAGCAGGAGCCGGAGCCGAUCUCCUCUAGAUAGAAGGAGGAGGAGGAGGAGUCCGUGGAAAAGAAGGGAGAGGCGAAGCCGAUCUCGCAGCUGGUCUCCUAAGAACCGAAGAAGCAGGAGCAGGUCUCCCCUAUUUAGGCGUACAGGUGAGUUCAGUGUUGAAAACAGGAGACGGGACAAGGGUCAGCUUCCAGAAUGCUUUGACUUCCUUCGAGGAAGGUGUUACCGUGGAGCGUCCUGUCGAUAUAUGCACCAUGAAUCUGACAGGAGUAGCGGAUCAAGGCACCAAAAGAGCAAACAGCAGUAUCUUGAAGGUCCUCCUAGUACAAAGAAUUCUAAGUUUCGUGAAGAGAUCCAUGAUAUCUCAGUUGAAUUAUCUAAUCAUGAGCGUGAAGCAUUCAAGAGCCAGGUGCAAUCCUGUCAAGAUGUGGAUGGUGCUACAGAAGAUGCGAACAUCAAUUGGAAAAGAGAAGAUACUAUUAGAGAUGCUCAGCAAUCUGGUAUUUCAGAUAGUGAUGGUCGAAUAUCAAAGUCUGAUAUAAAUAACUAUGAGAGUUCUAGAGAAGUAGCUGAAGUGCGGAAAAUGCAAGCUAUUCAAGAAAAGGCAGAGCAGCCUACUAGUGACAUCCCUGAUGGUGAGAGCUGUCCGGGAACAGUGGAUUCUCACCAGCCAUUCUCCUUGGAAGUUUGUCCCUCUCAAUCUGUUAGUGAUGCUGAUGCCCUGAAGUCACAAGGUAAUACCUCUCAGGACAUACUUUCAUCUCUGAAAAGUUCAGCAACUCAGCAAUCUCAAUCCAAUCUCUGUAUUUCAGGGCUUCAAAAUGCUCGGCUGAUAUAUGACUCUUCUAUAUCUGAUUCAUCUCAGGAUCAUACAUCCAUAACUUCCCCUAAUAAGUUAUCAAUGGGUGAACCUCUUCCAAAUACAAAAUCAUCAACUCAGCCAUGCCCUGACACAAGUUCUGUUAGCCAGCCUCUUCCAUCUGAACAAUUCUCAUUGCAAUCCUUGGCUCCUAAAGACUUAUCUCAUUGUAUUUCUGCUAUAGGUUUUUCACAUUAUCCAUCUGAGUUGCCCCCUCCUCCAGUCUCACAAGGUGCAAAUACUACACAUAUGGCACAGGCACUAAAGGAUCACAACUUGACACCAGAGAGUGCAUCCUUUCCAUUUGGAUCUGCUCCUGGGGAAAGUUUUCAUCCUUAUCAAGCUCCAUUAUCCAACCAACAUUCUCAAUAUCCUGUACUCCCAAGUACCUCUUGGAUCUCCUUGCCACCACCACCUCCACGACCACCGUUUGACCCAACUUCUAAUGCAGGAACCACCACACCGGGUGUUUCUUCACAGUUUCAGGAGGGUCACUUGCUCACCUUCAGUUCUCAGACUUCUGUUAGGCUCUACCCUAGCAACAUGCCUGUUUAUACACAGGUUAGCGAAUUUCCUUCUCGAGCAUAUCCUCCAGGGCAGGAGCAUCAUCGACCUUUCUCUUAUUUGGAAGAUUUGGGAUCAAACCCUCUGCCUAUGAGCAAUCAGCCUAGUCAACCUUUUGGCAGCACUAGUCUUACAAGAGAAAAUCGUCUUUCACAGCUUCCAGUCCAGGAUUUAAUUUCUUCAAGCUCCUUUGGUACUGGCAACAUGCUCCCUCAACUUAUGCCCCCUUCACAGGAAUUAUUUCCCAAUGAAAUGAAACCUUUUUCUGGUGACAAUUUGGCCCCUGGCGAACUUAGAAAGUCAUCUUCCCAGAUUCAUCCUUAUUCACAGCAGCAACGGCCACCAUAUGGUUUGCAAUACCCUGCGACUGAUAGCAUUUUGGGUGUGCCUGGAAAGACUGGUUCUGUGUCCAAAUACCCGGCAGAUCUUCUGGAUGGGCAUCAGUCAUCUCAAAUUCUUGCUUUUGGGGGAUCAAGAAUUUCUGCUCAUUAUAAUCCUUAUGCUUCUACUUUUGAGCAGCCGCUGAGCUCCAAAUUCAGUUCUGAUGAAUUCAAGCAAGAUAAGGUAGCCCCUUCUUCUAAUAACUAUGAUCGUUCAUUCAAGUUGAGCCAUGUUCCAGUUGAUGGGCUAGGUGUGGGCAGUGUUGGAUCAAGACAGACAACUUCCUCACCAAGUUCUAUCAAAGCAGUUGGGCAGAUUUUGCCUAGGUUAGGUGGUGACCAGUAUGAUCCACUUUUUGACAGCAUUGAGCCAUCAUCAAAUUUGUUGAGGAGAGAUGAUCAUGGUCAAAAGCAGGAACUUUCUGGUGAAUCUGACACCAUACUAAGGCUCAGUGGUACCCGCAAGCCACUGGAUGUGGAACAGAAACGUAAAGAAGUUGGGGCUGUUGCUUCAACUGCAUCUCUGGAUAAUGAUGAAUACGGUGAGACAGCAGAUGCAGAAGUGGGUGCUGUUGAGAAUGAGAGCCCAAGCAAUCCUAUUGAUGUAGCAAACAUGACUGGGGGUGAAAUUGAGAUUGAUCAGAUUAGGUCUUCAGGGAAGAGUAGGAAGAGCAAGGAUUCUAGAUCAAUGAAACUUUUCAAGAUUGCUGUUGCAGAUUUUGUAAAAGAGGUUCUUAAGCCAUCAUGGCGACAAGGUAAUAUGAGCAAGGAGGCAUUUAAGACCAUUGUAAAGAAGACUGUUGAUAAGGUGUCCGGAGCCAUGAAGAGCCACAAGGUACCCAAGUCUCAGGCAAAGAUAGAUCAAUAUAUUGACUCAUCACAGCGGAAACUAACAAAACUAGUGAUGGGCUAUGUCGAUAAGUUUGUCAAGGUGUAGAGGUUGAUACAAGCUGUGACUCCAGCUUGUUGUGGUAGAUGAUCAACUUGCAAUGGAGCUCUAUGAUAGAUUUGCAGUUUUAUGCCGGUGUCUUUACGACAGUAUUCUGCAGUUGCAAUUUGGAGUGCAAGGAAAACAUUACAGCUUGUGAGAAGAUGAGCUGAAUGACUAUGCUUAUCUAGGAUUCCCACCUCAGCAGGGUUCUGAGGCAGCUGGAAAAGGUGUAUGUACUGCGUUUUCUUGGAAUAUGAUUGUUGUGUUUCUUUUGAACUGUAGUUGUUUGUUCAAUGUUGUACACCCUCUGUAAAUGCUCCCAUCCAUGAAAAACAAAAAUUGAGAAAUGACAAGGAAAAAAAGGUUCUCUCAGAAAUUUCUAAAUGCUACAUAUAUUCUCCAA